AGACGGUAAACUGCCAGAUCAGUGGUCCACGAUGAGAGCGGAGAGGUAAUCGUGCAGAGAGCCGCCCUCCCAUCUCUGUUGUUUGUGCCACUGGAAGCAGCAUCUUGUUCCAGACUCUCAGACUCAUCAUGCUCCUGCUUCCCAGAUAACACCUCUGAGGACCAGGCCUGUACACCACCUCUCGUCUGCACCAUGGCAGGAGAGACUCAGCGCACGUAUGCUGUCAAAAAGCUGGAUGCUGAGUCCAAACUGAAGGAUGAAUGCACUGCACUGGAGCAGUACGGCAGCAGUGAGAAAGCCACAAAAGAGUCUUCAGAGCACUUCUCAGGUGCAGGCGUGGAGGCUCGGACAAUCCGCAGAGGAGCCAAGUUUGUAGACAAGGACAGGGACUAUACUCAGCAGCGCGAGGCUGUGAUCCGACCUCAGCAGGCGGGGAAAAUAGACUUCAAGUCACUGCAGAACCGGCCUAAGUUCUCCAGCAACAGGACAUGGCCCAGUGGAAAAGGCAGCCCCCAGUCCCCCAGUGGGAAGUGCCGGAGCAGAGACAAGGGCAAGAGGUCGGGGAAGUCGGAGCGCGGUAACCCACAGCAGCUGUACAGACUCAGCAUCACCAAUCCACGUUCCAACCCUACUAUCGGCAUUGCCUACCCACAGCAGAAGGUCUCGCCACCCAAGAAGAUGGAGGCCAGCCAAAGCCCAGUUACGGGCAGCUACAGGUUCCACGUGCCCAGUAUACCAGAGCGCGAGGCCGAGCUGCAGCAGGAGGAACUCAACUACAGCCGCUGCUUCCAGGAGACAUCUUCCAACCUCACCUCCCCAUGCUAUACCUCACAGGUACUGGGAACCACAGGUGGGACAUCCACCCACCAACUCCCACCCCAGCAGCAGCAACCAGGCCCAAUUGUGAACAAUAAUAACUCACAGCCAAGCAGCCAGCUGCUCUUCCCAGACUUUCAGUUGAGUGGCUCCAAUGACUGGCAGUCUCCAGAGAGGACUUUUAACGGUGCUAACUAUGGCAUUUCCUCACAAAAAUCCACCGUUCUCAAGGAGGCGAACAAGGCGAAUGGUAGCUCUGUGUCUUUUCUGUUUCAGUACGGAUACAAGUUGUCGGAGGACUCAAACCCAGACCCUUUUGCCUUUGAUCAGAACCCCCAAUCCCAGGACUAUAUAGACUCCUCCUCUUUAGCUUCUUCCCAGGUGACUCAUAAUUCUUUUUCCUUUCAGCCAUCUGGAGAUGGAAAGGAGGGGGUUCAGAAUAACACUCAAUUCAAUAGUGACCAGCCAGACGACAGAUCUUCCUACCCCCAUCCUCCACAGCUACCACAGUACCUGCAAGCUCGACAAGGGGCGGCAUCCUCUAUGGACUGCCCCAGGGGCCUGAGUGAGGACUCGGCUAGUAGUGAGAGCUCUGGCUUCAGCUCCCAGCAGUCGGAGAAGGGUAAGAGUGCCCUGCCGGAGAGCAUGGAUGUGUUCGGCCAUAGGGAUGCUGCCCUUGCUUCAGGGAGCAAGAGGAGCUGCCCCUCCAAAGACUUGGCUGCUGACAGCCAGAGAACACUUAUUAAAGGCAGUGUACACCAUGCCAAAAGUAUUGCACAAGGUCCAAGCUCCCAAAUGCACUUUCCAAACAAAGCCUACAACAGCAGCCCUCCACUCAAUAGUAUCCACAUGGGUUCAAUGCCUUUUGACAAAAUAAUCAACACCAAGGCCCAUAGUAGCUUACCACACUCAUGGGAGGGACUGAAUAAGAACUUUUCACCAGCUGACCAAAACACUAUGCCUUAUCCUAAUAUGAAUGAUACGUUUCAGUUUCAGAACCAGCCAGAUCAAAGGCCAAACACAUCCAAAAGCGGUAGGAUGCCAUGGCAGCAGAUAGGCCUCACUUCUGCCAUGGCAAACCAAAACAGGAUUGAGUUGUCUAGGCAACUAAGCAACCAAAAGCUCACUUAUUUGGUAGCACCCUCUGACUGGCAGGAUGACACUAAAUCACAUAAGAAUGGCUCACUGAAAAGUCCCGGCUCUUUCCUAAACAAUAGACCUAGUAAAGGAUUCUCAAACCCAAGGCAAGAGAGUGUCAAACAGGGCUGCAGUACAAUACCACAUUUUAAAGUUGAGACAAGUCACGCAAAGGUCUGUGAGUCCAAGAAUAAGCCCAUAUAUUUUGGAAUGAACCAAUCAGUACCUGGGGCAUCAUCAAGAACACAUGGAUAUCCACCAUUACAGGUCCCACCAAUGGAGCUUAUAAUGGUGUCACCAUAUGAAUCUCCCUCGCCCUCCCCAGUCCAUAACCCAGCCUCUAGCAGCACAUGUUCUUCACUCUCCCCAGCCUCAACAAGCCCGGUCAACCUCUCUGAGGACAGCCAGAUAUCAAAGACUGGGCAUCCCCCUCCAUUCUAUCCCCAGCACCAAGUAAAGGCACAAGGACCUACAGAUAACCUCAGCACUAACGCUCAUCAUUUCCACUCAGACGCCUCCCGUAACCUGCCUUACACCCCAGAGAGGGCAAAAGAUGACAUGAUGAGCUACCUGCACGUCAACGGACAUCCAAAGCCUAGUAUGGAUGGCAACAAGGGCUAUAUGGAGGGCUUUGGGUUGGAGCAUCACCCACCUCCACCACCAUACUCUGCACAUCAACUUUUAGCUACGUCUUUAGCCACGGCAAACCUUGACCAACUGGACGUGCUUCUCACGUGCAAGCAGUGUGACCAGAACUUUACUAACCUGGCCGCAUUCCUUGGCCAUAAGCAAUACUGUGGACAGCAUGCAUUUGCACAAAAGGUGGAUGACACCAGAAGAACACCAGGAAGUUCAACACAGUUUCACAAUGACAUGAUAAAAGCUUCAUCCUCUGGGACCAGUUUAUGUCAAAGUGUCUCCAUGGCAAGGUGUCCAUCUGACCUUCACCUGUCUCUGCUGGGGCUCAAUAAGAACGGAGAACUCAUGUCUGACAGCGAAAUAAAAGGGGAUUCUAAGGACGACCCCAUGAAACUCAACCUGUUCUCUGGGGAAGGUAACCUUCCUGUCUCACUUCCUGACUUGGAGAUAGAGGAUGCAAAGUUAGAUAGCCUAAUCACUGAGGCUCUAAAUGGACUGGGGUAUCAGUCAGACAAUGCAGAGAUUGACAGCAGCUUCAUUGAUGCAUUCGCAGAUGAUGACCUAAGCACUGUCAAAGUAUCGUCGAACAGGCAUACUCUAAAAACCAAAGACUCAAUGGUCUUUGAGAGCAAAAGCAAACAAUCUACUGAAGAUGACAGGUCUCUGACACAAGGAAAAUAUAUUUAUGACUCAGACAUUGAGAGCUUUGAGACAGACAGCAAGCACACAGAAAACAAACUUGAGAAGACUUCUCUGAAUUUUGAGCAGGAAGAGAAAAUUAACAUAAAAAAAGAAUUGUCUCAUAAAAAUUCAAGGAUCACCUCAGGGGAGAAACCGAGGGAGCAAGAAAAUAAAGUGAAAGAUAUAAGAAAACACUCCAAAAGUGAAGAGGAAAACAUUAACACUCCAAGGUUCCUCUUAUCCAACAAAUUUUCGGAACGUUGUGGAGUUCGAAAUCUCCAGAAUAGCUCUUUGUUGAGAGGCUCAACCUCUUCCCAAGUCUCCUCUGCAAACAGGAGUUCCCCAACCCAAAGGACUGCAGCAAGGGAGAGUAAAAGGAAAAGGACCGGUGCCGGUACCUGGAGCAAAGAACUCAUCCACAAAAUAGUUCAACAGAAAAACAAGUUAAACAAGCUCCAUGUAAAAGGCACCAAAAACCUCCAGUUCUCGCUGGUGAUGGAGAGACUUACACCCACGGUGCCAAACCCAAUGUUUGGGGAGUAUGACUAUGUCUCAGACUCAGAUGACGAAUGUGAGCCUGUGAAGAUAGCAAGCCAAGGUCGCCUGAGCCAAAGCGGCCGCUGCAAGUACACCUACACAAAGGAGUGCAAAUGGCGGGCUAGGAGCGACAGGGACAGUGCAGCAUGGAGGCACGAGUCAAAAGAGUGCUUUCAGGUGAAGAAAACUGAAGAAGUCUCCCUAUCUCCAGAGAAACCUGGCUCUAACCAGAUACUUGGGAGGAGAGGCAGCAGGUCAUCCACAAGCAGUGAAGUCAGCACGUCUGUGAGUUUCUCCAGCGAUAGCAUCAAUAGCCCCAAAAGCACUGACCACACAGACUCAGACUGGGAGAAAAGAGUGGAGAUCAGGAGGAAAGACUCUUCUGAGCAGAGAACCUAUGAGCGAUCUCCACAGAAGAUAUGCAAAGAGACUAGCACACAACUAGCACUGACAUUCACCAAAUCUACUAAGAGGUAUAGCGCUGAUAAGACUCUCCACUCUACUAACAAAGACAAUUCAGUGGCCUCAAGGAUCACUAACUCACAUACUGAAGAUGUUGAUCCAAUAUCAGCACUACCAAAGGUGAGGAGUGCAGUCAAAAACCUUGAGAAAUGCAGAAGCACAGAUGUGCCCUCAAGGGAGAAAGAUGUCUCAUUUAGUAGAGAAACUGACACAAUAGCAAGUUCUGACAAAAACACACCACUAAGGACAGCCAACAAGACCUCCAAAGGGGAAUCAAUACAUUUUCAAUCUACUAGUUCUGAUCUCAAAUCACACCAGCUUCAAUCAUCACAUCCUGCCACAGACAACAAGGAAGGACAUUCUUAUAAUAAAUUCAGAAAGAAUGAAACAACCUCAAACGAAAAAUCAGUACACAAAAGAAUAGCAGAGCAAUCUACACACCCACAUUCAAAGAUAUCAGACAUUUCUACGUUUGAUGAACACAGGGAGAGUGUCCAUUCCAUUAAAAACCCAUUGACUUUCAACACUGAGGUAGUCCCCAAGUCCACACCUCUUUUCAGUGGACUGAAAGUGUGCCUGUCUCCAACUGAAUUUCACCAGCCAUUGACGCAGAAAGAGACAUCACAUCUCAUCCCAUACCCCAUAGAGCAAGACCAGAGUCUUAUGAAGUCUCCUCUCUCAUUUGACACAUCGUCAAUGUUUGGGGACCUCUCGGAGACAGGAUAUGACAAUGGUCUCUACACUGACAUUCCAUUACACAAAGAAGGUUUCAACUCCUUAGAUACCACCAAUGACAAAAAAGAGGUGUUUAGCUCAUCAUCCUUACUUUCUCCUUUCUUGGAACAGAGGGACUGGGGCCUAAUGGUUGAUUUCACCAUGUCACCAGAUGAGAUAUCCCAAUACAAAGACAACUCUGAUAAAUCAAAUGAAAAGAAAUCAGAUUAUAAUCAUGUUCCUUUGUCUCUGCCAGACAAAAUAAUGGACUACAGGGCGAAUCUCAACAGUUAUGUGUCAGAAGAUCUAGAGAUAAAGAGGAUUGUGACAGAGUUAGAAAAUCAGCUCCAGACAGCCAAGCUGAGUCCGCCACUGCUUACUGAGUCUCCAAAGCAGCUGAAGAUGAGAAAAUUCUGCCCUCUGCGACUGGACCACAAAUCUGAGAAUGAAGACACUGGUCUGGAUAUGGGCUGCCCUGUGCAAAGCAUGUCAAGUAUGCCGUCUGACCCACAUGCAGAUGUCUUUGCUGAGCCUGGUCUACCAUGGUCCAGUCCAUUUGAGUUUGAGUUGAUGGAGGGUCAUCAUACUCCAACCCAUGCUGUACCCAGUAUCCUUGAACAGUUUAGCGAGAUGGAUGACUGUGAACACAGUAUGAUAACCACAACCUCAAAUGCAGAGAAAGAGCAACUGCAACAGGAUGACCACAAAGACGAAGGCAUGGGUGUUGACAAGAGAACUGUCAUAGAGACAUCUGAAGAGAUUCUAGAGAGUAAGACCUAUGCAGAAAACCUGACAAAAAGCCUGGAGGUGAUAUCAGAUUCCAUUUUCAAAAAUGAUCCCAUCACACCUGAAGUGGAGGAGCCAAACCUCACCUCACCUAAGAGCCCAGAACACUUACUCAAUGAAAGCCAAGCUCCAUCUGCUGAUACUGCUCAGAGUAGAGAUCAUAAUGAAAAGGUUAUUCCUGAUGAUGCGAACGUUGAAUCAACACACUUCGAAUUACAGCCUCCUCUCUCUGAAAACACAGAGCUUCCACCUGCUGUAAAAGAGAUGUUUUCUCUGCAGCCAAGUGAGUCUAUACCUUACAAUGACAGUGGGUCAGAAUUCAAAGACAUGCCAAUCAGGAACAAAGUCACUGAAGACAGUUGUGUUAUAGAAACGGAUUACUGCUCAAACACUGAAAUGGAUAAUCCACCAAUGACUAAGGAGACCUGUGAGAACCAUAAGCUAGAGGACUGUGGGGAUGAAAUCAUUGAAGCCAAAAGGGCCCUCCUUGAGCAUACAGAACUUCCACAUACUUCCAUUGAUGAGCAUCGAGAGCAUCCACAUAAUACUAUUGAUGAGCCUCCAGAGCUUCCACAUACUACCAUUGAUGAGCAUCGAGAGCAUCCACAUACUACCAUUGAUGAGCCUCCAGAGCUUCCACAUACUACGAUUGAUGAGCAUCGAGAGCGUCCACAUACUACCAUUGAUGAGCAUCGAGAGCGUCCACAUACUACCAUUGAUGAGCCUCCAGAGCUUCCACAUACUACCAUUGAUGAGCCUCCAGAGCUUCCACAUACUACCAUUGAUGAGCAUCGAGAGCGUCCACAUUCUACCAUUGAUGAGCAUCGAGAGCGUCCACAUACUACCAUUGAUGAGCAUCGAGAGUGUCCACAUACUACCAUUGAUGAGCCUCCAGAGCUUCCACAUACUACCAUUGAUGAGCCUCCAGAGCUUCCACAUACUACCAUUGAUGAGCAUCGAGAGCGUCCACAUACUACCAUUGAUGAGCAUCGAGAGCGUCCACAUACUACCAUUGAUGAGCCUCCAGAGCUUCCAGAUACUACAAUUGAUGAGCAUCGAGAGCGUCCACAUACUACCAUUGAUGAGCAUCGAGAGCGUCCACAUACUACCAUUGAUGAGCAUCGAGAGCAUCCACAUACUACCAUUGAUGAGCCUCCAGAGCUUCCACAGACUACCAUUGAUGAGCAUACAGAGAUUCUAGAUACUUCCAUUGAUGAGCAUAGAGGGUUUGUGGAUACUUCCAUUGAUGAGCAUAUAGAGCUUCUAGAUACUUCCACUAAUGAGCAUAGAGGGCUUCUAAAUAAUUCCAUUGAUGAGCAUACAGAGCUUCUAGAUACUUCCAUUGAUGAGCACAGAGGGCUUCUAAAUACAUUCAUUGAUGAGCAUACAGAGCUUCUAGACACUACCAUUGAUGAGCAUCAGGAGCCAAAAGAGCUAGUGGAGGACAUCAGUUGUAAUACUAAGUAUGUGAGCCAGCCCUCCAAAGGUUCCAACCUAGCAGAGCAGGAAAUGGAUGAUAACUUGGAUAAUAUGCUUGAAGAUGUAGAAAAUGCAUCUGAGGAACAAUCCAUAGAUGUCCAAAGUCAUUUUGAGAGUGUAUGUCUUUCGCCAUCUGCAAAUGAACAGACGGAGGACAAUACAGCAUGUGUAACAGAGGAAGACAACAUUGAAUCUGACAGUACAAUACAGGAUGAGGUGAUAAGCUGUACAGUUCAUUUGAGGUGUAGCACCCCUGACAAUGACAUUGCCAAUCAAUCAACCCAUGUCUUAUUGGAGACUGUCACAGAUAAGCCUUGCAGCAGUUCACUGUUGACAGAAACCAAUACAGAGUAUGGUAACCACGGCUCAACCUUUUCCAACAUUGAGUCAGAUGAUGAAAGCACCAUGUUGGUCAUUGCUGAGCAUGACAGUGACCUUGACAGUGAUGCACACAUGGAACAUACACUUGAGGAAAAAGCAGAAACAGAAAAGGAACUUGAAUGUGAGGCCAACCACAGACAAAUAGAAGAGAUUCCAGACGUUGAAGACAUUCAGGAACAAGUUCCUUUACAUCUCAUGGCAUUUUCCCAGCACUCACCACGCAAAGAGGAUUUUCAGAUGGACGAAAGGCUGGAUAAUAUUCUAGAUGAUGCUCCUCCAUCCAGUCCUGUUCUACCAGCUUCUCCACACACACCUGUGGUGAACCCUGACACACAAGAACAAGAACAAUCCCAGCCAAUCACAUGCAAUAAUAUGGAUACUAUCCCAGCCUCAAUCCAUGACACACAAUCUCUUAAGGAAGAAAACUGUGAUGACCUAAAUGCCAAAGAAGCACUGCAUAUUGAUAACCAAUUGACCAUAACAGCUAAGAUGGAGUACUCUUUAGUAAGUCCUCUUCAACUGGACUUGGGAAUCACAGAGUGUAACAUCUCUAGCACUGAAGCCUGCAUUCCCUCUCCUCUACCUUUGACCAUUGCAACAGAGCCAUCUGAAGCAAUGGAGACCCUUAUGAAGAGAGUCUCUGUUUCACUGUAUGAUUUCAAACUAAGCCCACUGAACUACAAUUACAUUCCAGAUGAGCCUCCACAACUGAGUCAGUUUGAUUACACUCCUAUCUCCCCAGCCAAUGUGGAUGAGGAUGAGCCAGCCAUCAAGCAGAGGCCCAAGGAUGGCUGUGAACCUUGUGAUCUAAGUGAUGAUACAGCAUUGAUGUCAGACAAAACUAUGUGUGACAUUGAUCUAAGCGAUGACACAGCAUUGACGUCAGACAAAAGAAUGUGUGACAUAUACACAGAGUCACCUUUGAGUCCACACCAUACAGCCAAGCUAAGUCCACCAGAUGAAUCUUUGAACAAGAGCAGCAUCCAAAAUGACAUAACAUUUCCAUUCAUUUUAUUGGUUCUCCCUUCUCAGAGCACUGCUCAGUCCAUUGGCGAUAUACAGGAAGAUUUGGACAUUUGCCCGGUUCCCCUUCAAACUAUUGACUAUUUGGACUUACAUGUUGACUUGGUAAAAAGAGUGGAUCGAGAGGUGCUGCCAGAAGUCCUAGAUAUCAAUGAGGUCCAUAGUGAGCAGAACACCCAUCCUUUGGUAAAGAAGGUCUCAGAUGAUCAGCUCACUCCCAAACCACUGAUCAUCUCUGAGAAUGAGCCAACCCCAUUACCAGCAGACCAAAUAGAAUUUCUAACAGUGGAGGAAGGUCAGUGCUCAGCAACCCACAAGCAAGAGGAAGAAACCACGCAGAAAAAGACAAAUCUGUGUGAGAUAUGCGCCAUGUUUUUCCAAACAGUGCCAGGAUUAAAGAGACACAAGGCCAUGAAACAUUUGAUUAGGACUGAAAGAAGCCCACAUUUGGUAAAUGCAAAUCAUCAAGGGAGUCUACACAGUUACCAAACAUCCAACUCUAUAGAAACAGAACAUAAAGAUGAUCUAGAGCUCCUCGUUCCACAGACCUGUUUGCAAACAGAACGCAAUGAUGUCUCUGGCAAUCACUGCCCUGAGACAAGUAAUAGCAACUUCAUAACCAAACAAGGAGAAACAGAUGUAAUCCUGGAGGACACCACAGGUGAAACAAAUAUGGCAAUGUCAGUUGAUGACAUAGUUCAGCAAAUGCCUCCUCAAUUGACAAAAGCGAGAAACGAGAAAACAGACUUAUUACAGACAAUUAGUCCUGAAUUCCAAACCCGGCUAAAGCAAGAAUACUGCAAGUCACCUGAGAAACAAGACAUAAUCAAUUCUAGUGUUAAACACAAAGUUACAGAGCAACAGGAUGUCCCAUUUGCUGUAACAAGUAACAGUGGCAUUGAACAGAUACCCAUGUCUCCAAUAAAGGUUACAAAUAUACUCACCCAAGAUAUGGACUUGAUUCAAAGCAACACUGAUACAGAAGAGGGGAAAGGCACAAAUUUGUCAGAGAUCGUCAAUGGCCUAGCCGAUGUGAGUAUGGAUGUUGGAAGCGAUUAUGGAGUAUCUGUAAGUGAGGAUGUUAGUAGGGAGUAUGAUACAUCUAGAGAGAAUUCGUAUGACACAAAAGAGGCAUGUGAGCAACAGACUUCAGACCAGAGUCUUUCCGCAGAGAUACUGGGAGAGGUUGCAGUAAAGAUUGAAUGUGAGAAAAACAGUGGCCCAACAGAUGAAGUGGAGAAUCUCACCUGUUUUAAAUCUUCACCUGCAAGCCCUCCUGGACUAAUCCCUAAUUUGAACGCUUUCCUUGAUGACGAAAGCACAUUCUCACAGUUAUUCCCCUCUAGAAACGUGGAACUGAAAAGGAAGAAGUGUGCAAAGGUUUAUGGCAAGAAGAACAAGAAGCAGAAACUAUCACCCGAUUCAUCAUUAGUUCAAGACCAUCCUCCUCCUGACCUGUAUUUGGAAAAGAAAGAUGACUAUAGAGAAAAUAAUUUGGACCGAACGUUUGUCAACAAUCAAAAUGAACCUUGUAAAUAUGAAACGAUAUCCAUCGAUGAUGCUAUCAUGUUGAACAUGUGUCAUAAUAGCACUUUAAAGUGUGAUUCCAAGAAAGUAUGUAACAUGAAACGAGACACAACAGAUCACAAAGACAUUCAUGAGAAUACUGUGAAGCAUGGCAGUGCCUUCCUAUGCCCACCUGAGAGCACUAUUGACAAAGCAUCAUUGGCAUGGAGUGCCUCCAACGACCUUGUUACAGAUGCUGUGAUCUCCUCUGACCCAACUUCCUGUAAAUCAGAAGUCCCAACCCCACAACAUCCUCUUCCUAUCAUAGCCCCUUCUGCACCUUAUCCCGAAGAGCCAUGUGCUACAGACAACGUGUCUCCUUUCCACAGCAUUGACAUCCCAAACCUCAAUACCACAUUCCAGCUACCCGAAAUUCAAUUAUUUGACUCGAACAAGGACAUCCCAUUAGCUGGACCCAUUGGCACUGAUGAUGCACAGACCAGAGACACUGCAAAGCCCAAAAAGCUCACAGAGCGCAGAGGAAGAAAACGACAAGAGGGCGGCUUAAAGAUCAAGGACAAACAUUACAAGUGCAAGGUGUGCUUCACCUGGUUCCUAACCCUGGGGGAGCUUAACUUCCACAAGCUAUCCCACAACCCCUCUCCACCACCCACCUGCUACAUGUGCGUCCAGCGCAAGUUCAGCUCCCGGGAGCAGCUGAGGGACCACUUGAGGGAGAAACACGCCAAGAACAAGGCUGGAAUCUGGACCUGUGGUAUGUGCCUGAAGGAGAUAUCGGACGUGUGGAUGUACAAUGAGCACUUACGGGAACAUGCCACGCAGUUUGCCCGCAAGGGCCAGUCACACAGCGCUAUCCUGGGGAGUCUGCCGGGCUCUGGCAUGCAGGAGUCAGCCGUGAAGAACUUUAUCACUUCCAUCAUGCAACGCCGCCCUAGCAAGGCCAGCAGAGAGUCCAAUAAGGUCUCCAACAAGGAGAAACCAUCCAUAGUAGAAACCACCGGGCAGGAGGUGAAAACUACAGAGGUAGCUCAGCCCAAAGUUGUCAAGCCUAAAGGGAACAUUGAAAAAGUGGGGAAAUCUAACAUGCUGUUGCCAGUUGAGGUUCUGCACAAAACAGAGAUGGCGCCAAAGAAUGUGGAGAUGCACCCCAACUGUAAAGACCCCUCGAGAGACUGUCACCACUGUGGCAAGCAGUUCCCCAAACCCUUCAAGCUUCAGAGACAUCUAGUUGUGCACAACUUAAACAAAAUUUUCCUGUGCCACAAAUGCCCAGUGACCUAUCAAGAGCCACAGGAACUAAAAGAGCAUCUGAAAAGUGAGCAUGAAGAGAUGGAUGCGCUUGACUCAAAGCAUACAACCCUCUACACCUGUGAGCUGUGUGCAGACGUCAUGCAUGUGAUCAAGAAAUCUUUCAUCUGCAGCACCUGCAACUACACCUUCUCUAAGAAAGAGCAGUUUGACCGACACAUGGAAAAGCACUUGUCAGGAGGGAAUAAGAUCUUUAAGUUCAGAGGAGUUCUCAGACCUAUCAAAACAUCUGCCUCCAAAGAGAACGAUGAAUGUGAAUUGCCAGCAAGCAAAAAGAGAAAGAUUCUCACUGACAGUCUACAAGAGAACAGCUCUGACAGUGGCAUCGCCAGCAUAGCCUCACUGCACUUAAAUCGGAGUGCUGAGAUGCCAGUUCUGAAACCCUCUGUACACACACAGACCAGUGCAGGUGAAUAUCACACUGACAAUGAUGCCAGUGUGAAGACUGAGGAAAUGGCUGAGGAAUACACUGACAUGCUGGUAGAGCUGGAGCCUUGUACGUUUCACCUGGGCUCUGAAGGUCUCUCCACUGCUACACCCAAAACAGAGGACAUUGUUCCUUCGUCAAAGCUGCCUGUUAGAGACAUUGGUGAGGCGGAUGGCAAAUCAUUCACAGAUCCAUGUGAUGUGAAGGAAGAGGACAAUCCAUUUGAGAGCAUUACACCUGAAGAGAAGAGGGAUUGUUUCGCAGAUGAUAAUCAGAGCACUCCGGAGAGCAGCACACAGACUAGCACUGCAGAAGCUGAAGGGAAGAAGAUACAGAGGAGAGAUGCAACAGCAUCGGAUGAGGAGUUGUAUGUUAGCUCAAAGACACCCUAUUCACAUGACCUCCACCAUCCUCCUACAAAGCAUAAGGCAUCUACCAUUGUGAUGUACCAAACGAGGGAGGAUGAGCAAGGGCAACAGUCAACCAGCACUCACAGCCAUGACAACAAGCAAAAGGACAAAGCCUCCACACCCAAGUCCAGUGAAAUCAUUAAUAAACACCGCUCCAACAACAGCCCCAGGGCCAUGGAGUCAACACCAGUCCACCACACCAAGCUCACUUCCCAGUGCUCGGCCUCCAGCGAGGACAAAGACUCUGUGAGAAAAGAACAGAAGAAGAGAAAGGAGAUGAGGUCACCUUACAGUUUACAGAGGGUCUCCUCUCCUGCCACACGGGAGAACCUUGGUGUCGACGUCAAGGCCAGAAAUAAAUUCCGACCUAGCAAGUGCGAGAGUCCGGCGGUUCACAGGAAAUCAGACAGCCCCAGCGACUACCCGGUGCUCUCUUCCGUUAGAGAUGAUGUGGUCAGCAACAAAAUAGUCUCUAAGCACAAAACAUCAGGGAGUUUAGGCCUUCAACCAAAGAGAAGCUUCCUCGAUAGCUGCACGCCAAAGAAAGCAGAGAUGGUGCAUCAUCUUAAUGGGGAUUACAAAGCCAAAAAGGGGCCUCUUGGACGGCCUCUUCAUUACCCAGUUUCUAAAGUGUCAGCGCCUCCUAUGAACAAUGCCUUGAAUAAGUCUAGGCCAAGGACAGGGGUGAGGUCCAUGGAGAGCCACUCCUAUAGGACAGCAGAGUCUCAGAACAACCUCCUGAGCCAGCUGUUUGGCCAAAAGCUCACCAGUUUUAAGAUUCCUUUGAGGAAGGACACUUCAGAAUCAAUAAACUGAGGGGGGA